AAAAAUAGCUCAUUCUUCAGUUGAAAACAAUUCCAGUGUUUUUCCUCGAGGUUCCCCUCUGCAUUCACCCCCACCCGCCUCCCUUCUAUAAAGCUCCCACCCUCCUCCCGCCGUGCACGCGCCUCGCGAGCACGGCCGCAGUCCUGGCAGAGAGAGAGAGAGAGAGGCAGCGGAGGAGGACACAAACACCGCGGCACGCCGAGAGGAAAACGGACGCAGCACGCGGAACCGAGCGCGCGGGUCGGCCUGAAGGUCGGGGUGGGGACGUACUGUCGGACGGGCAGCUGGACUGUUAGCGGAGGAGGCUCACGGUUCGCCUGGCUUUCCUCGUCAGAGAAAGAAGGGUCUGAGCCGGGGAGGUUUCCGGAGCAGCAGACUGCAGGAGGCGCGUUGGAGGAGGAGGAGGAGCUGGGAUGUCCUGAAUUAGCCCUCUGGUACCAGGGAGAGGUCUGCUGAUGGGACCUGCUGCACCAUCAUGAGCUUACAAGAUGGCGGCUGCAGCUAUGCCGGCAGCGCCAAUUUGGCCUCCAUUACCGGGAGCAUGCGGCGGCGCCUGGAGGACCAGGAGUUCACCCUGCGUGUCUAUCCAGGCACCCUGGCGGAGGGCACCAUCUACUGCCCCGUCAGCGCUCGCAAGAACACCACUGCCGCUGAAGCCAUCGAGUGCCUCAUCGAGCGACUACGUCUGGAUCGGACCAAAUGCUACGUCUUGGCAGAGGUGAAGGAGUUUGGAGGGGAGGAAUGGAUCCUCAACCCAGGCGACUGCCCUGUGCAGCGCAUGAUGCUGUGGCCGAGAAGUGCCCUGGAGAACCGCAGCGGCCUGGGCAGCGGGGAAGACUACCGCUUCCUGCUGCGGGAGAAGAAUCUGGAUGGAUCUAUUCACUACGGCGGCAGCCUGCAGAAGUGGCUCCGGGUGACGGAGGAGCGUCGGCGCAUGGUGGAACGAGGUUUCCUCCCUCAGCCCGCAGGAAGCGAUCCUCCGUCCGACCUUUGCGCCCUCCCGGAGCUGACGGAGCGCACGCUUUUGGAAAGCCUCCGAGCACGCUUCCGACAGGAGAAAAUCUACACCUACAUUGGGAGUAUUCUUAUUGUGAUUAACCCUUUCCAAUUCUUACCCGUCUACAACCCCAAAUACGUCAAAUUGUACGACAACCACACGCUGGGAAAGCUGGAGCCGCAUAUUUACGCUGUGGCGGAUGUGGCCUAUCACGCCAUGCUGCAGCGGAAGAAGAACCAGUGCAUCGUCAUUUCUGGGGAGAGUGGAUCCGGGAAAACGCAAAGCACCAACUUCUUGAUUCACCACCUGACGGCUCUGAGCCAGAAAGGCUUCGCCAGUGGGGUGGAGCAGAUCAUCCUGGGAGCAGGACCUGUGCUGGAGGCUUUCGGGAACGCCAAGACGGCUCACAACAACAACUCCAGCCGCUUUGGCAAGUUCAUCCAGGUCAACUAUCAGGAGAGCGGCACGGUCCGGGGAGCGUAUGUAGAGAAGUACCUGCUGGAGAAAUCUCGCUUAGUUUACCAGGAACACAAUGAAAGGAACUACCACGUGUUUUACUACCUGUUGGCUGGAGCCAGUGAUGAGGAGAGGAAGGCUUUCCACCUGCUCAAACCGGAGGAAUAUCACUACCUCAACCAGAUGACAAAGAAAUUGCACAAACUCCACUGGGACAGUUACUAUGAGGGCGAGCCGCAGGACAGCUUCACAGUAGAAGGAGAGGACCUCAAACAUGACUUUGAGCGGCUGCAACUGGCCAUGGAGAUGGUCGGCUUCCUGCCUGCCACACGAAAACAGAUCUUUUCCCUGCUGUCAGCGAUCCUCCACCUGGGGAACAUCCGUUACAAGAAGAAGGCCUACAGAGACGACUCCAUCGACAUCUGUAACCCGGAGGUCCUGCCCAUUGUGUCAGAGCUGCUGGAGGUCAAAGAGGAAAUGCUGCUUGAAGCCCUGACAACCAGGAAGACGGUGACUGUCGGAGAGAGACUCAUCGUGCCCUACAAGCUGGCAGAGGCGGGUACAGUGAGAGACUCGAUGGCCAAGUCGCUGUACAGCGCCAUGUUCGACUGGAUUGUCUUCAGGACGAACCACGCGCUGCUCAACAACAAAGACCUCGAGGACAGCUCAAAGAUUCUGUCUAUAGGAGUUCUGGACAUCUUUGGCUUUGAGGACUAUGAGAACAACAGCUUUGAACAAUUCUGCAUCAACUUUGCCAACGAGCGGCUCCAACAUUAUUUCAACCAACACAUCUUCAAACUGGAACAGGAGGAGUACAGGGCAGAGGGGAUCACCUGGCACAACAUCGACUACAUCGACAACAGCGGCUGCCUCAACCUCAUCAGCAAGAAACCCACCGCUCUGUUCCAUCUGCUGGACGAGGAGUGCAAUUUUCCUCAAGCCUCCAAUCAAACCCUGCUGGAUAAGUUCAAACGGCAGCAUGAAGGGAACAGCUACAUCGAGUUUCCAGCCGUCAUGGAGCCCGCCUUCAUCAUCAGACACUACGCCGGCAAAGUCAAGUACGGCAUCAAGGACUUUCGGGAGAAGAACACCGACCACAUGCGGCCCGACAUCGUGGCUUUGCUGAAGAGCAGCAAGAACGCCUUCAUCUGCGGCCUGAUGGGAAUCGACCCCGUGGCGACCUUCCGCUGGGCCGUGCUGCGGGCGUACUUCAGGGCCCUCGUUGCGUUCAGGGAGGCUGGGAGAAGGCACACUCACAAAAAAACGGGGAAUGACUCGGCAGUUCCCUGUCCCGUUGCCAAAACCGUCGACAGCUUCAGUUUCCUUCACCACCCGGUUCACCAGAGGAGCCUUGAGAUCCUUCAGAGAUGUAAAGAUGAGAAAUACAGCAUCACAAGAAAGAAUCCUCGAACGCCUCUAUCAGAUCUUCAAGGCACCAACGCUCUGAAUGAGAAAGCCAGCUGGGAUGGCUACAGCGUCGGGUGUAAUGGUCGUAGCUCCAGAUUGAGCCACGUUCCUCCAUCAGGCAGCCCCGCCCUGGAAGAAGACGGGAUCUUUUUAAAUUCUGCUAACAGCAAGCUCCUGGAGAGAGCCCAGGGCAUCUUAUUGAGAAACAAAAACUGCAAAAACAAACCAACCCUUCCCAAGAAUUUGUUGAAUGUGAAAUCUCUGCGAUACCUGAGCGGUGUGACGCUCCACGAUCGCAUCACCAAGUCGCUGCUUCACCUGCACAAGAAGAAAAAGCCACCUAGCAUCAGCGCUCAGUUCCAGGCUUCACUCAACAAGCUGAUGGAGACUCUAGACCAGUCAGAGCCGUACUUUGUAAAGUGCAUCCGCUCCAAUGCAGAGAAGCUGCCACUGCGGUUCAGCGACAGUCUGGUGCUCAGACAGCUGCGGUACACGGGAAUGCUGGAAACCGUCCGGAUCCGCCAGUCGGGAUACAGCAGCAAGUUCACCUUCCAGGAGUUUGUUCGUCACUUUUAUGUACUGAUGCCUCGAGGAACGACUCCAACAAAGUCAGGAAUCAGGGAGUUCUUCCGGCGGAUCCACAUCCCGCCCGCAGGCUAUCAAGUGGGCAACACAAAGGUGUUCCUGCGGGAGGUGGAGCGCCAGCGCCUCCAGACGCUCCUGCAUCAGGAGGUGCUGCGGCGGAUCGUCAUGCUCCAGCGCCGCUUCCGAGCCGUUCUGGAGAGGAAGCACUUUGUGAACAUGCGGCGAGCGGCCGGCACCAUCCAGAGGUGGUGGCGCCUUUGCCUCCUCAAGCAGUCCAGCAUUGACCAGAGUAUGGAGGAGGGGGCGGCCGUGUGCCUUCAGGCGGCGUGGAGGGGUUACAGGGAGCGCAGGAAAUUCCUGCAGCGGCGCUCCUCGGCCGUCGUUAUCCAGAGGAGCUGGAGGAGUUGUCAGCGCCGCCGCAGGCGAUGGGCGGCUACAACCAUUCAGAGGGUGUGGCGAGGGUUCAGAGAGAGGAAGCGAUACGGCAAGACGCUGAGAGCGGUGACGCAGCUGCAGGCCGCCUGCAGAGGCUACCUGGCUCGGCUCAGGUUUGAAAGUUUAAAGCAGCAGCUUGAAAGAGUCUGCAGACCUCCAGAUCUGCCCCCUGCAGUGCAGGACACUAGCACUUUGGGAGACCGGGACAGAUGCGCUUCUGCAGAACCGUCUGUAGAUUUCGAGUCUGCCGCCUCUGCUGAGGCAGAAAAGGACGAGGACUCUGAGCGAAGCCGGAGCACGGACGAAAGCAGCCACAAGAACCGAUCAAAGCGAGAGAGCCGGCGCAUGAGGGAGCUGGAGCAGGCUCAGUUCAGUCUGGAGCUCCUCAAAGUCCGGACCACCAGCGUGGGGGGUUCGCUCCCUGAAGACGGAGCCCAAAAGGAAGCAGACGAGCAUCCCAGACCGUCCCCGCACGGAUCCCCGGCGAGUCAUGGCAGCUUUGAGCUGGUCAGCGUGGAAGAGAUGGAGUCUGACGGGGGCUCCGGUUCCCGCUCAAACCACCCUGCAGAAACGCUCCGGGACUCCAACCACAACGAAAAGCUGGUGAAGGAGCCUGUCAACCAGCUCCAGGAACAGAGGGCAACUUUUUACAUCGCUUCCGACCAAAGCCCGGUCCACCAAACGAACCCCGAGAAGAAAAGGAGAGAGUCCACGUCCCGGAGGCCGGUGGUGGUUCUGAUCAGUAUGCAGAAGGAGAGUCCGGUGGAGGAGGGGGAGCUGCUGGCAGCACAAACCCUGGACAGAUCCGAUCCCAAAGAGACUCCCGUUUCUGUGGCAUCAGAACGAGAAGCACCUCCUGGAGUUCUCCAAGCAAAAAGAGAUGCAUCUGGAGCGGACAAGUCUUCCAGAACCUCCUCUUCAGGGGCUACUAAAGACAAAUCCGAGGUGUCAGAAACGUGCACCUCAGAGGGGAACAUCCCAGAUGUCCCACAGCCAAAAUCCACCGUUCCAAGUCAGCAGGAGAGGAAAGCCACACGGCAUGCAAAGGAGGCUCCCAGCCCGGUUCUGGAAACUAAACCACCCAAAGCCCAGAAGAAGAGCUCCAACCAGACGGUGAUUGUGAACAUGGUGGAGAAACCGUCCGGCACGAUCUUUUCUCCACCCAGACGCAAGCUGCCCUUCUCCAAGUCGGACAAAGACCUGGUGAAUCAGGAGAGAUCUGUGUCUCUGUCCAUGUACCGGGACGACUCUCGAGCUGAUGGGUCCAGGAGCAGAUCGGCCUCUCACAAAGACCAGAAGAAGAUCCAUAAAACCAUGUCUUCAGGGGACCUGGGCAAGGUGGACACCCUGAGGAAAACCCCCAGUCAGGACGGGAGCAGGAUGAAGGGAAAGAUGCGAUUUUGGAGCAAAACGAAACACAGCGAGAAAAAGCUGAGCAGAGAGAAGCAGGCCAGCAGGAGCGAAGCUGCAGACUCCAGUAGAGAAGCUCAGUCUCCUCCUCACAGUCCAGACUUUGAGGUGGUUUCUCCCCGAGGCGUGCGGGACAGCAAGGAGAACAAAGAGCCGUCUCCCAAAAUGAGGCGCCGUCGUAGUGUGAAGAUCAGCAGCAUCACUCUGGAGCCCGCCCAGUGGCAGAACGACGGCCUGCACAUCCUCACCUCCACCAGCGACUACCGCAGCAUGAACGACUUCCUCAUGAAGAAGAUCGCUGACCUGGAUGCUGAGGACAGUAAAAAGGACACGAUGGUCGACGUGGUCUUCAAGAAAGCACUGAAGGAGUUUCGGAUCAACAUCUUCAACUCGUACUCUACUGCUCUGGCUAUGGAUGAUGGGAAGAGCAUCCGCUACAAAGACCUGUACGCACUGUUUGAGCACAUCCUGGAGAAGACCAUGCGAACGGAGCAGAGAGACUGGAGCGAGUCUCCGGUCAAAGUGUGGGUCAACACCUUCAAGGUCUUCCUGGAUGAGUUCAUGACGGAGUACAAACCCAUGGAGGGAACCAUCAGCCGGGCUCCAAAACGGGAACGCAAGAAGUCCAGGAAGAAGGAAACUGACAUUGUGGAGGAGAUCAAUGGCCACAUUUUCAAAUCCACUCAGUACAGCAUCCCCACCUACUGCGAGUACUGCUCCUCACUCAUCUGGAUGAUGGACCGAGCCUGCGUCUGCAAACUGUGCCGCUACGCCUGCCACAGGAAGUGCUGCUCCAAGAUGACCACCAAAUGCAGCAAGAAGUAUGACCAGGAGCUGUCUUCCCGUCAGUUUGGCGUGGAGCUGUCCCGUCUGACCAGCGAGGAGCGACCAGUUCCUCAGGUGGUGGAGAAACUCAUCAACUACAUUGAAAUGCACGGCCUCUACACAGAGGGGAUCUACAGGAAGUCUGGCUCCACCAAUAAGAUCAAAGAGCUGCGACUGGGGCUGGACACAGAUGUGAGCAGCGUGAAUCUGGACGACUACAACAUCCACGUCAUCGCCAGCGUGCUCAAACAGUGGCUCCGUGACCUGCCCAGCCCCCUCAUGACCUUUGAACUUUAUGAAGAGUUUCUCAGAGCCAUGGGCCAACCGGACAAGCGGGAGGUGAUCCGCGGCGUGUAUUCUGUUAUCGACCAGCUCAGCAGGACACACCUCAGCACGCUGGAGCGCCUCAUCUUCCAUCUGGUCAGAAUUGCGCUGCAGGAGGAAACCAACAGGAUGUCUGCCAACGCGCUCGCCAUCGUCUUUGCUCCGUGCGUCCUCCGCUGCCCCGACACCAUCGACCCCCUGCAGAGCGUCCAGGACAUCAGCAAAACCACGGCGUGUGUAGAGCUGAUCAUCAACCAGCAGAUGAGCAAGUACAAAGCUCACCUAAGAGACAUCAGCAGUCUGGAGUUUGCAGAGGGCAAAGCCAAGAGCCGACUGACCCACAUCGGCAGGUCCAUGAAACCUGUACUUAUUGCUGUUAGGUUUAUGAGCAUUACCCGCACUCCCACCGCGGCCAAAAGUCGCGUCCGGCAGAGCGGCUCCCACAUGACCUCGCCUCCUCUGAGCCCCAAAGGCCCCCAGGUGGUGGAUGGAGGCACUGCAGGCGUAGGAGAGGACGCGGCGGAGGUGGUGUUGAGCGAGCAGCAGCAGCUGGCCAUGCAGCAGGAGGAGCGGAUACUGACCGAGCAGAUCGAGAGUCUGCAGAAGGAAAAAGAGGAGCUGACAUACGAGAUGCUGAUCCUGGAGCCACGGGCGUCCGAUGAUGACACUCCAGAGUCGGAAGCAUCCAUCGGCACAGCAGACAGCUCAGAGAACAUCACCAUGGAGACGGAGGGAGCCACAUCUGACCCCUCGGAGCGCAGCACCUUCCGAUCCAGGAAGUCUGAGGGGAAAAACCGGCGAGCUCUGUGCCGCCAGCCAGACUCCCAGGACUCUGCUGACUCCGCCUCCACCAUUUCCUCCUUCCAGCUCUCCUCCUCCGUCUCUUCCAACACCUCCGGCUCCCCGAUGCCUCACUACCGCUUCCGCUCGUCCUCCUCUGGACCCCUGCUCACGUCUGCUGGUUUGGGGGCCCCGCUGGCGGAGGCAGAGGGGGCCCAGAAGAGCAGCAAGACUCGACUCAGGCUCAGGCUGAGCCGCAGCUCGCCGCGCGAGUCCUCAGGAAGCCAUCGGAGGGAGUCGGACUUCGGCUCUGGGCCGCAGCCGCUGGUUCUGUACGGCAACAAGGAAUUCAUGGUGUGACGAGGAGGAGGGGGCGGAGCACACCGUUUUGGAACAGGACGGUGUAGUUGAAGGGGAGCGAGGAGAGCACCCCCAAUGCUGGCCCAGUGAAAGCUGUGAAAAUGGAGCAGUGCUGGAAAGAUGCACAGAGCCCGAGCACUGACCGUCCACGAGAGCUGCUCGACUCCUCAUGGAGCGCUGGGGGGGCUGUUAGAGGAGGAGAAGAAGGGAAGGCGGUAGAAAACACGCAAAGCCAAAUCCUCCAAAGCUGUUGUUUUUUUAGCAGACGGUUAACGCCACGCCGAACAAAUAAAAAAUGUAGCCAUACUGACUGAAGUGGCAGACGACUUCUCGCUCUUUACGUUUACACGAAACGCACCAGCCAGGAGGCUGCAAGCUUCUCCAUCACGCCUGCUCCCCCAAAGUUAGGAUAACAUUACAGCUGUAUGUUCAUUAUUGUUAUUAUUAUUAUGCAGUGGACUGAAAUGUACAUAGAAAGAAGGUCCAGUUCUGCUCCUGGUUGUUUAUUGAUUUAAUUCGACUUCCUGUUUUGUACAGUCAGGAUUCCUUCUUUGUUUCUGCUUUACUUUCCCAGUUCAGAAAAGAAGUUGGUGAUCCGUGAACGGAACUGGAUGGCAGAAAUCUUUCUUUCUUUCUUUCUGUUCUUGCCUUUUGUUUUUCCCUCCUUGUGUUCAGAAGCAUCAGUGUUACCACGUCAGGACUUGAAUUUUUUAUGUAUAUUGUUGCUGUAUUAUAGCUGGUAUUUUGUUCUGAUGUAAGCCAUUUUUUUCUCUCCUGUGUGAAUACCUGAGUGAGUGAAGCCUCGAUUUCAUACACUAGGAUACUUUAGGAAUGUUGGUGUAAGGGUGGGAACGGUCUCCGUAGCAACCGUGCGACACUAAGUGACUUUAAAAGGAAAGGGGAGGUUUUUAAGUCUCUUGCACUCAUCCACACGCUCAAACCGUCCGUGAAGUCCGCUGAGCCACACUCUCCUCUUCCUCCUUCUCUUCAUCAUCAUAAAACAACAGUAGCUCUUCUAUCUUCUAUCCGGUUCUGGCUGUGAAAAGUAGCAUUUAAUCUGCCUGGUAACCAGACGUGUAGCAGCUUGCUCAGACCGUCCGCAAAACGGUUUUUCUUCUCGUCCAAACUGCCUGUGAUGUUGACUCUGCAUUUAAAGCACUAAACCUUCUGCAUUCGGCAAGCUUUGCUCUCAUCUUACAACACGGUCUGCAGCUGCAGGUCUGUGUGAAUGCUGCCUCAGCUGCUCUCACUAACAGCAUAUUGUAAACCUAUUUAAGUCUUUUUCUGAAGGGAGCGGAAAGAACAAAAUCCAUUACCACUCAGAUAUCUUCAUGUUCAUAUUUGACAGGAUGUGUUUUUUUGUUUUUUUUUUGUUCAUAUGGCAUUUUUGGAGGGAAAAUGAUUAAAAAGUAUUUAAAAAAAUAUUUAUAAUAAAAAUUAAAAAAAUCAAAUAAAAAGUUCCUGUAACUGUCACUGGAAGGCAUGCUCUGCUUUCUCUGGUUGUUUUGCUCUUUGUUCCUCUUUUAUACACAAGUGUAUGUAUACUAUUUAUGAUCAUGCUUUUGGGAUGUACAAAGAAUCUGUUAUAAAAGGAUAUAUUAUCCUGUCAA